AUGGAUCGACUUGCCGCGUCGCCGAGCUUCUAUGAUUCCAGAGAUCGCGACUACGACCGUCACUCCCAAACUUCCAUAAUGCCCGAGCUGCCAUUCCCAUCUUACGGCCCACUGCCUAUCCCGUCUCGUCCCACCAUGCAUACUGCGCCUCCGCCUCUACCCCCACCACCGCGAAUCCGUGACUUGGAGAAUGGUUAUGAUGCUGGGUGGCUGCAUGCGAAUUCCGGUCGAUCGACAGCGACGCUUCCGCCGAUAAAUCCCAAUUCGAGUUUGUUUGGGGGCCACCGCCGUCCGGAAUCAACACCCCAGAGUGAUCGCAUGUCACUAGAUGAGCUGGAAGGCAGGCAAAGUGGUGUGCCCUUGUCGCGCAGCUCUGAGGCUCAGAUAAAGAUUCAGCCGCCGCCUCCCACUGAUGACGGAUUUCCCAACUCAAUGUCUGUCAAUCCCAAUGGCCCGAUUUUGAAAGGAGAGCGUGACUUUUCUCUGCGGAGUGUCAAGGACUCGUCAAAUGCAUAUGACCAGCAUUUGUUGUCAAAAAUCGGGAAGCCGAUAUCUCCACGCGGUUCUAUUAGCUCCGACCACCGCGGUUCGAUUUCCGCACUCACCGUUCCCUCAAUCCCAUCCCGCUCCUCGAGCAAUGUGCCAUCACCAGGGCCGUCAGAAGGGUCGACACUCGACGUCAAAUGGUACAGCAGCCCUCAGUCGGGGGCAGUGUCGCCUCGCUCGAAAACUACCUGGAGAGAGUAUAUCGAGGGUCGUAGUCCGAGCGUCGAAAGCAACGCACCCUCAUCGGCACUUGACUACGAUUACAUGCGAGAUAUCGGGCGCCGCCGAUAUUGUGGGAAUACUCCGUCUCGUGAAGAUAGCAUCAGUCUGCCAAGCCGAUCAAAUCGAGGAAGCUACGACCAAGGCGUGUUCUCCGAUAUCGAGGGUGAUUUCUCGACAGACGAACCGGUACCCCGACAGUUCAUUCUUCGUGAACCGACACCGCCGUACCCCGAGGGUUCGAAGCAGGGCAUGAAACGACGAGCUUCGUCUCCGCCGCGGGAACCGAUUAACAAUGACCGACAUACCCUGCAUACCGUUACGAGUAACGGGGAUCUGUCACAGCGGAGGACGAGUGGGCAUCCGUUUACGAAUAAUCUGACGGUCAACAACAGCUAUGCUCCGAGUCAACGAACUCUGUCCGCGGCGUCCUCGUUGAGUAUUCGGACCUCUGGAUCGUACUCUUCUGCCCUUUCGAUUGGCGGUAGCAGUAUGACCAGUCUGUCACCAUACGACCGUCCUUCCCCCGGAGGUCUUUCUCCCAGCUCGGAUCUCGAUGCAUUCCACGAAAAGUCAAUCAUGAAUCCGAAUUCCCCGGGUGCUCCUAUCAUUCCAGCUCCGAGACCUCUUUCAGGUUCCAAUACCCUGGAGCCGCCUACAACGGAUGCUACAGGGAAGAUGUCGGUGCCGAUUGCGUUGAACAUCGCCAAACCGGCCUCAAAGAUGGGCGGAUUAUUCAUCUGCGAUUGUUGUCCCAAGAAGCCUAAGAAGUUUGACAAUCCAGAGGAUCUUCGCUCCCAUGAGAUGGAAAAGCAAUACGCGUGCCAGUACUGCAACAACCGCUUCAAGAACAAAAACGAAGCCGAACGUCACCAAAACUCCCUCCAUCUCCGCCGCCACUCCUGGUCCUGCGCCGCCCUCCCAGGCUUCCAAGCAGCAUUUCACGGCUCAGGCUCACCAUCUUGCCAAACGAACGCCGGCCCAUCGCACGAUACGUGCGGCUACUGCGGCGAAGAAUUCCCCAACUUCCCUCGACCGGACUGGGAUCGACGCUUCGAGCAUUUGACAACCGUGCAUAAAUUUGGCGAAUGCAACAACGCGAAGAAAUUCUUCCGGGCAGACCACUUUCGCCAGCAUCUCAAGCAUAGUCAUGCCGGGACGAGUGGCAAGUGGACCAAUAUUUUGGAAAACGCUUGCAUGAAGGAAGAGCAGCCGCCGGAACCCCGGGAUAAGAGUGCUUCGGGUGCGGGGCCGCAGUCGAAUCCUGGCUCUUUGACUUCCAAUACGAUCGAUGAGGUUCUUGAAUAA